UAAAAAGCUGGUAUUGCAUUUUCCUGGAGCAGCAACCACACAUCUUCCCGACUCUCUUCUUCCUUACCGAUCAAUGGCGAAGGCGCCCUCCGGCUUCGCCGCCCCUUUCUCCUCUAUCCGCCACCUAACUAACUUUCCUUUCUCUCUCACCUCAUCUCAAACCACCCAUUUCUCCACUCUCCGUUCCACCGCCGCCGCCGCCUCAUUAUUACCGGAAUCCUCCACCAACCCCCACCCCACUCUCGAACUCAUCGGCGGAGCCGCCGAAACAUUCCUCCCCGCAUUACACACCAUUCACCUCCCCUACCUUCCUUACCCACUCAUCGCUUGGAAUCGCCACGUGGAGACUAUCUUCGCCUAUCCAUGUUGGAAGCCGCCUGCCUCAAGCCCUGGGAUUGAGUGUCUCCGCACAAGCGACGGCGGCCCGUCGCUGACUGGUUCCGGCGACGAUCGUCACUGCUCAGAUCUCGUCUCAUUGCUAUUGAAUCUGAAUUUGAAUUUGAAUUACAUUCCGUGUCAAUUUAGUCAUAAUCUAGAAUACUUAAUUUGGAGUAUGAUGAGUUUGAACAUCGAACAUUGUCGAUUGCAGCCAGGUCUCACCGGUGGUAGCGGCGAUACUUACGUAAGGCAUAUGCUGCUGCGAGCUCGGAGUAAACAAUGGCGAGUCGUGGUGUUCAAUAGCAGAGGUUGUGGUGACAGCCCCGUCACUACAGCUCAGUUCUAUUCAGCUUCGUUUUUGGGAGAUAUUUCUGAGGUAGUGGAGCAUGUUGGCAAACGCUACCCAAGAUCAAAUUUAUAUGCUGCGGGGUGGUCUCUUGGAGCUAAUAUUCUUGUUCGGUAUGUGGGUCAGGAAUCGUUCUCGUGCCCUCUUGCCGGUGCCAUAUCCUUGUGCAAUCCUUUUAAUUUGAUAAUUGCCGAUGAAGACUUUCGUAAAGGCUUUAACAUCAUUUACGACAAAGCUCUAUCAAAUUCUCUGUGCAAAAUUUUCAAGAGGCACGCUCUUCUGUUUGAGGAUAUUGGUGGUGAAUAUAAUAUCCCGUUGGCUGCUAAUGCUAAAUCUGUUAGAGAAUUUGAUGAUGGACUAACACGAGUUUCGUUUGGAUUUAAAUCUGUAAAUGAUUACUACUCAAACUCGAGCAGCUCGGAUUCCAUAAAGAACGUUUCCAUACCUCUGCUUUGCAUCCAGGCAGAGAACGAUCCGAUUGCUCCAUCUCGGGGAAUACCUCGUGAAGACAUACAGAAAAACCCGAACUGUAUGUUGAUAGUAACACCGAAAGGUGGGCAUUUGGGUUGGGUGGCGGGUCGUGAAGCUCCGUUUGGAGCUCCGUGGACCGACCCGAUUGUUAUGGAUUUCUUGGAAUACUUGGAGAAGCCUUCUUCUUCAACUGAUCUUCUAUCUUCUUCCAACGAUGCAAAUGAUCUUCACCAACUCGAGGUAUAGGCAUCCGUUAUUAAAUGAUUGUACUCGAAAUAUAUAUUGUUAAUUAUUAUUAUUAUUAUUUAUGGAAUCGACAUCAUUAAUCAUUUCACGAUAUCUUGUUGGGUGCAUGGAAAAACAUAAAUUCGUAUCGGUGAUCAGAAAGUUAGGAAAUUAUCAAGAAUUCA